UAUAACAUGAAGAGCAAAGAUGUCAUAAAAGAUUAAAAAAAGGACUUUGAAAGCAAGAUUGGAGUGUUUAGACAUAUAAACUGCAUUCCAAAAACCAAGUAUUAAAUGCAAAUCAUCUCUGCAGCAGCAUCUAAAUUUCUAUUUUAGUUUUGGUUAUAAGGCUUAAAGUAUGACGUUCCUUAAAUUCGCUACUAUUACAGUUCUUCUGCUUUGCAGUGUUAAAGGAAACUGGUGGAAUGAAUAUCACAAAUCCUUGAAAUAUCUCAGCAAAGAAGAGCUGCACAAGAAACAUCAAGAAAAAACACGACCACAAGGUUUUCAGCAUGCACCCUUCCACUGCCCUGAUAUGACUCCUUCACCCACGGUGCCCACCUCAGUGGAGAAGGUGAAAGCAGCAGACAUUAAGGUUAUCGCAGCUUUUGGAGAUUCACUUACUGUGAGUUUUAUUCAAACUCAAAAAACUACAAGAGGAGAAAUGCAUGAAAUUGAUAAUAUAUCAAUACUUUAA